GUUUGGGGCUUCUGAAUGUGAGUAUCGCCAUCUAAGCCCAGAUAUUUAACCAAUAUCAGAAUGUUCCUGGUCCCUGGAGGGAUAGAGAGAGAAAAACAAACAACUCCUGGGGCAGGGAGAGCACUGGCCUCUUGCUCUCUGGCUCCCUCCGUUGCCCUCCGGUUUCUCCCCAGGCUCCCGGACAUCCCUGCUCCUGGUUUUUGCCCUCCUCUGCCUGCCUUGGCUUCAAGAGGCUGGUAGGGUCCCAAGCGUACCCUUAUCCAGGCUUUUUGACAACGUUAUGAUCCAAGCCCAUCGCCUGCACCAACUGGCCUUUGACACCUACGAGGAGUUUGUAAGCUCUUGGGGAAUGGGUGCGUGUCAGGGGUGGCAGGAAGGGGUGACUUUCCCCCCCUGGGAAGUCAUGGGAGGAGACUAAGGAGCUCAGGGUUGUUUUCUGAGGCGAAAAUGCCGGCAGAUGAGCAUACACUGAGCGAGGUUCUCAGAGAAGUAACAAUGGGAGCUGGUCUCCAGCAUAGAGACCAGCAGUACCUCUUGGUGGGGGGGGUCCUUCUCCUAGGAAAAAACCUACAUCCCAAAGGAAAAGAAGCAUUCGCUCAUGGAGAACCCACAGGCCUCCUUCUGCUUCUCAGAGACUAUUCCCACACCCUCCAACAUGGAGGAAACGCAGCAGAAAUCUAACCCAGAGCUGCUCCGCAUCUCCCUGCUGCUCAUCCAGUCGUGGCUGGAGCCCGUGCAGUUCCUCAGUAGUGUGUUUGCCAACAGCCUGGUGCAUGACACCUCGGACAGCGACGUCCAUGACCUCCUAAAGGACCUAGAGGAAGGCAUCCAAACGUUGAUGGGGGUGAGGAUGGCGCCAGGGGUCCCCAAUCCUGGAACCUCACUGGCUUCAAGGGCUGAGGGAGAGAAACACUGCUGCUCUCUUUUUAGCAGUCAGGCCCUGACCCAAGAGAACUCACUUUAGUCUUCAUUUCCCCUGAUGAAUCCUCCAGGUCUUUCUCUACACCCUGAAGGGGAGGGAGGAAAAUGAAUGAAUGAGAGAGGGAGGGAGGGAACAGUGACCAAGCGCUCAGCCUCUCCUUCUCUUCCUUCACUUUGCAGAGGCUGCAAGAUGGCAGUCCCCAGACUGGGCAGAUCUUCAAGCAGACCUACAGCAAGUUUGACACACACUCACAGAACGAUGACUCACUGCUCAAGAACUACGGGCUGCUCCACUGCUUCAGGAAGGAUAUGGACAUGGUCGAGACAUUCCUGCGCAUGGUGCAGUGCCGCACUGUGGAGGGCAGCUGUGGCUUCUAGGUGCCCACGUGGCAUCCUGUGACCCCUCCCCAGUGCCUCUCCUGGCCCCGGAAGGUGCCACUCUAGUGCCCACCAGCGUUGUCCUAAUAAAAUUAAGUUGUAUCAUUU